CCAUUUUCCCAACUGUCCCCGCUCGUACUAAGACGGGAUUUCGGAACCAGCAGCACCGGUCAGAGAAUCACAGGAGCGAGCCAAGGGGGGGUUUUGAUCGUAAAACGACACAAUUCGGUGGCGCCUACGUCAUCAGGUUGACCGAAGGAUCGACUUUAUUCGGCAUUUCAGCAUGGUAACGUUACAAUGAGGUUGGCGGGGGUGCUGGAGCCUAUCCCAGCUGACUUUGGGCGGAAGGCGAACGACACCCCGAACUGGUCGCCAGCCGGUCGCAGGGCACGUACAGCAAUCACGUCCACGCGUUCACUGAGCAGGAAAAGAGCCCGCGCCGCCCGCGCAUAAGUCAGGUGGUCUUUCUGAAGAAGCCGCAGUGAACUAUGGCACAGUUCCCCGCCACUUUCGCAGGUCCGGACGUGUUCUUGAUCUCGGUGGAUGAGAGAGCCAAACAUGACCAACAGUUUCACAGCCUCUCUCCCACGGCGGGUGGCUACAUCACGGGGGAUCAGGCCAGGAACUUCUUCUUGCAGUCUGGACUGCCACCACCCAUCCUGGCCCAAAUCUGGGCCUUGGCGGACAUGAACAGUGACGGCCGCAUGGACAUCCACGAGUUCUCCAUCGCCAUGAAGCUCAUCAAGCUCAAGCUCCAGGGCCACCCCCUUCCUCCCGCGUUGCCCCCCAGUAUGAAACAGCCCCCGCUGUCUCUACCCCCCCAGGCCGGCUUCGGUAUGCCCGCCAUGGCGCCCAUGGCUAGCGCUCUGCCGGGGGUGCCCCCUCUGCCGCUCCCUCCCCUACCCGUCGGGGUGUCGCCGCCUGUGAUCUCGGGGCCGCCGCCUCCCCUCCCGCCCCCCAUGGCCAACGGGGCUCCUACCACGGGCUUGAUGCAACCCAUUUCAAGCUUCUCCCACCCAGCUUCUUCACUCAACAAGGCCUCCUUCAACCGUUCCGGCACCAAAUUGCAAAAGGGUCCGUCGUUCGAUGCCGGCGGCGCUCAGCCCCCCGUCGACUGGGCCGUCCCUCAGUCCUCGAGGCUCAAAUACAGGCAGCUGUUCAACUCCCACGACAAGAUGAUGAGCGGCCACCUGACCGGUCCGCAGGCGCGCACCAUCCUCAUGCAGUCCAGUCUUCCUCAGGGCCAGCUGGCCUCCAUAUGGAGCCUGUCGGAUAUCGACCAAGAUGGGAAGCUGACGGCGGAGGAGUUCAUCUUGGCCAUGCACCUCAUAGACAUGGCCAUGUCCGGCCUGCCUCUGCCCCCCGUGCUGCCGCCAGAUUACAUCCCCCCGACUUUCAGGCGCGUGCGAAGCGACAGCGUGCAGUCGGACCAGAAGAGCGUCCCCGAGGAGCUCGAGGAGGAGGUGGAGAGCAACCAGGACAAGAAACUUCCAGUCACGUUCGAGGAUAAGAAGCGGGAGAACUUUGAGCGAGGGAACCUGGAGCUGGAGAAGCGGCGUCAGGCCCUGCAGGAGCAGCAGAGGAAAGAACAGGAGAGGCUGGCGGCGCUGGAGAGAGAAGAGCAGGAGAGGAAGGAGCGCGAGAGGCUGGAGCAAGAGAGGAGGCGACAGCAGGAGUUGGAGAAGCAGCUUGAGAGGCAGAGGGAGCUGGAGAGGCAGCGAGAAGAGGAGAGACGCAAAGAAAUCGAGAGGAGAGAGGCUGCUAAGCGCGAGCUGGAGCGGCAGAGGCAGCUGGAGUGGGAGCGGCAGCGGCGCCAGGAGCUUCUCACUCAGAGGAACCGAGAGCAGGAGAGCAUCGUUCUGCUCAAAGCCCGCAAGAAGACCCUGGAGUUUGAACUGGAGGCCCUGAACGACAAGAAGAGCCAGUUGGAGGGCAAGCUGAAGGACGUGCGCUUCCGUCUGUCGGCUCAGCGCAGGGAGGUGGAGCAGACCAACCAGGCCCGGGAGAGCCGCAUCGCCGAGAUCACGCUGCUGCAGCAGCAGCUGCAGGACUCCCAGCACUGGCUCGGGAGUCUCAUUCCCGACAAGCAGAGUCUCAACGACCAGCUCAAACAGGUUCAACAGAACAGCCUGCACCGCGACAGUCUUUCAUCGCUGCAGAAAGCCGUGGACCAGAAGGAGUCCAGCAGACAGCAGCUCAGAGAGCAGUUGGACACGGUGGAGAGGGAAACCCGGGCCAAGCUGCUGGAGAUCGACGCGUUCAACACUCAGCUGAAGGAGCUGAGAGAGAUCCACAGCCGGCAGCAGAGGCAGAAGCAGAAGGAACUGGAAGGCGAGGCACACUCGAUGAGGCACGCGCGCACGCCGAUUGACAGGGAGUCUGCCGAGCUGCAAGAAAACAGGGUGUCCUCAGACAAAUCUCUGGCUUGGAGUAACGACGACGCAGGAAGUUCCUCUCUGAAGGCGCCGAGCCCCGCUUCUGCCCCGCACAGCUGGCUCAACCGGGUGACCCAGGAGGAAGAGGAGAGGAAAAGCCGAGGCCCGGGGGAGGACGCGGAGGGCCGCAAGACGGCCGCGUCCUUGGAGGAGAAGGACGAGGACGCCCGGGGAAAGAAGGACACGCAGGAGAAACUCAAUAAGCUCUUCAGCCAGCCCAGCGAUCCCUGGGCUUCGUCAGAAAAGACUCCCGUGGCGAACCUCUUUGAGCAGAAGGCGGCAGGCAGCGGCUUCGAGCAGCAGCGGGCGCCGAAGGUGGUCUACUACAGAGCGCUCUACCCGUUUGACGCUCGCAGUCACGAUGAGAUCAGCAUCACCCCCGGCGACGUCAUCAUGGUGAAGGGGGAAUGGGUGGACGAGUCUCAGACGGGUGAGCCCGGUUGGCUGGGCGGAGAGCUGAGGGGACGAACCGGGUGGUUUCCGGCCAAUUACGCAGAACGGAUACCGGACAGCGAAGCGCCCGUCAGCCUGCGGGCGCCCGCCUCCGCCACGCCGACUUCGGCCCAGCAGCCCGACGGCACGCCGCCUCCCGCGCCCGGGCAGACCUCAUCAUCCGCGUCGUCCGCCAACAGUAACUGGGCCGACUUUAGCACCACCUGGCCAUCAAACAUGAGCAGCCAAAUGGAUAGCGAGGGAUGGGACGCGUGGCCCACCUCCUCCUCCGCCGCUCCGAAUCCGUCCGUCAGCGUCCCGUCGGCUCAGCUGCGGCAGCGCUCGGCCUUCACGCCGGCCACCAUGACCACGGGCUCCUCGCCGUCUCCCGUCCUUGGCCAGGGGGAGAAGGUGGAGGGUCUGCAGGCCCAGGCCUUGUACCCCUGGAGAGCCAAGAAGGACAACCACCUCAACUUCAACAAAAAUGAGAUCAUAACGGUGCUGGAGCAGCAGGACAUGUGGUGGCUGGGAGAGCUCCAGAGCGGACAGAGAGGAUGGUUCCCCAAAAGCUACGUGAAGCUCAUCUCUGCCACCGCGCCGCCCCCGCUUGCGCUCGCCGCGGCAGCUCCGACGGCACCCCCGAUCGCAGUCCCGGUCGUUUCCUCGGCACGUGGCAAAAACGCAAGUGAAUGUGUGGUGUCGGAGAGCCCCCCAAACGGAAAGCGCCCUUCGCCCGCCCCGUGCAAGCCCACCGAGUCCGGAGAAGGUAAGCCAGACUUUCCCAUUCCGCGCACGCGUGCCACUCGCUCGUGUUCUCACCUGUGCCUUUGCGUAGAAUACGUGGCCAUGUACACGUAUGAGAGCAGCGAGCAGGGCGACCUGAGUUUCCAGCAAGGAGACGUCGUGGUGGUGUCCAGGAAGGAAGGCGACUGGUGGACCGGCACGGUGGCGGGCAAGACCGGGGUCUUCCCCUCCAACUACGUCAAGCCGCGAGAUGCCUCGUCAGAGUCUUUGGGAGCGGCAGGAAAAACGGGAAGCCUUGGCAAGAAACCAGAGAUCGCCCAGGUGAUCGCCCCCUACUGCGCAACGGGAGCGGAACAGCUAACGUUAGCGCCAGGCCAGUUGAUCCUCAUCCGGAAGAAGAAUCCAGGCGGCUGGUGGGAGGGCGAGCUUCAGGCACGGGGGAAAAAGCGGCAAAUCGGAUGGUUUCCGGCCAAUUACGUCAAGCUGCUCAGCCCCAGCACCAGCAAGACCACGCCCACCGAGCCCACGCCGCCAAAACUGGUCCCCGCCAACACUGCCGUGUGCCAGGUGAUUGGCAUGUACGACUACGUGGCGCAGAACGACGACGAGCUGGCCUUCCAGAAGGGCCAGGUGAUCACCGUGCUCAACAAGGACGACUGCGAUUGGUGGAAAGGGGAGCUGAACGGUCGCGAGGGGCUCUUUCCCAGCAACUACGUCAAGCUCACCACCGACACGGACCCCAGCACACAGUGGUGUGCUGAUCUGCACCUGCUGGACAUGCUGAGUCCCAUGGAGAGGAAACGUCAAGGCUACAUCCACGAGCUCAUCGUCACCGAGGAGAAUUACGUCAACGACCUGCAACUCGUCACCGAGAUCUUCCACAAGCCUUUGCUGGAGUGCGAGCUGCUGAGUGAGAAGGAGGUGGCCAUGAUCUUCGUCAACUGGAAGGAGCUCAUCAUGUGCAACAUCAAGCUGCUCAAAGCGCUGAGGGUGAGGAAGAAGAUGUCAGGAGACCGCAUGCCCGUCAAGAUGAUAGGCGACAUCCUGACUAAUCAGCUGCCGCACAUGCAGCCGUACAUCAGGUUCUGCUCGUGCCAACUGAACGGAGCCACCCUGAUUCAGCAGAAAACCGACGACAACCCUGAAAUCAAAGACUUCCUCAAGAGGUUAGCCAUGGACCCUCGCUGCAAGGGCAUGCCGCUCUCCAGCUUCUUGCUCAAGCCCAUGCAAAGGGUCACUCGCUACCCGCUCAUCAUCAAGAACAUCCUGGAAAACACCCCCGAAUCGCAUCCGGACCACAAUCACCUGAAAGCUGCUCUGGAAAAGGCGGAGGAGUUGUGCUCACAGGUGAACGAAGGCGUGAGGGAGAAGGAGAACUCGGAUCGUCUGGAGUGGAUCCAAGCUCACGUUCAGUGCGAAGGCCUGUCCGAGCAACUGGUGUUCAACUCGGUGACCAACUGUUUGGGUCCCCGCAAGUUCCUCCACAGCGGCAAACUCUUCAAAGCCAAAAGCAGCAAGGAGCUCUACGGCUUCCUCUUUAACGACUUCCUGCUGCUGACGCAGGUCACCAAACCCCUGGGCUCGUCCGGGUCCGACAAAGUCUUCUCGGCCAAAACGCACCUGCAGUACCGCAUGUACAAGACGCCCAUCUUCCUGAACGAGGUUCUGGUGAAACUGCCGACGGACCCGUCGGGAGAUGAGCCGCUCUUUCACAUCUCUCACAUCGACAGAGUUUACACCCUGAGGGCCGAGAGCAUCAACGAGCGGACAGCGUGGGUGCAGAAAAUCAAGGCGGCUUCCGAACUCUUCAUCGAAACGGAGAAGAAGAAGAGAGAAAAAGCCUAUCUGGUGCGUUCCCAGAGGGCGACGGGAAUCGGCCGGCUGAUGGUCAACAUCGUGGAGGGAAUCGAACUCAAGCCCUGUCGCUCGCACGGAAAAAGCAACCCUUACUGUGAGGUCACCAUGGGCUCGCAGUGCCACAUCACCAAAACUCUGCAGGACACGCUGAAUCCCAAGUGGAACUCCAACUGCCAGUUUUUCAUCAAGGACCUGGAGCAGGACGUCCUUUGCGUGACCGUCUUUGAACGGGACCAGUUCUCGCCAGACGACUUCUUGGGCAGGACAGAGAUCCGAUUGGCCGAGAUCAAGAAGGACCAGGGCUCCAAGGGACCAAUCACCAAGCGUUUGCUGCUCCACGAAGUUCCCACUGGCGAGAUCGUGGUCAGGCUGGAUCUCCAGCUCUUCGAGGAGCCCUGAAAGCGCGCAUCUGGAUGCUUAUUAUCAGGAAGGACUGGACACAACUGGACCGAGGUCUGGCUCGGAGACGCAAGAGACACACAGAGAUUUUAUUCCUAAUGUUAUUUAUUGACUGAAUAGAAGAAGUUGAAUCGUCAGCUGGUAAGUUGGACCACGAGGCAGCUCGCUUGCAAAACUUCACGUCGAGCGAGAAGUUAUUUUGCCUGUCAGUACUGAUGUGAAUGCCACAAUGUGACGUAAAGACUUUUUGGGGGGGCUGGUUUCAGAAGAAAAGCUGAUCUCCGAAAGUGUUAGCUCAUUGCUAACGGCUAAUCCCAACUGACAUUCGAUUGAACCGUUUCUUCCCUCUGAUGCCCAAUCCAGUGACAAUCUCGUGUGUGUGCGCACGUGUGUGUGUGUGUAUUUUCAGUGUCCAAGCUUAACAGAAAAUGCUAACAGCGCUAAUUAGUUAGCAGCGUUAGAAGUCCAGUGUUGAGUAUUUAUCAUUUUUGUACCCAUGAAGAUGGUUAAGUUAACUUUGUGUUUUUUUCCCCUUAUUUUAUACUUUUUUUGUCAUCCUUAAGGAUAUUAACUUGUCUUGUUUUUCUAUGAGGAUGAUUAAUAUUUUUCCAAUUUUUUUACUGAUGACACUGAAGGGACAGUGUGUAAAAAUAAAAUCUAUGUUCAUUAUUUCAAAAACCCCACGUUAAUGUCAAUAAUAUCCCCAAAAAAGGUGUUCUAUCAUAUCCUUAUUUUUUGCUUGUAAUUGUAGGUGAAGUCAUCUGUAAUGAUACGUAAUAGGGCGCGCCUCCCCCUUACAGGAGGCCGCCAUGUUUUGCCGCCAUCUUUCUGCUACGUAGCCCGAAGGAGACAAAUUUAGCAACACGCUUCGGUGGUUGCAUUCUAUUAGUUCACCACUAAACUCUACACACUGUACCUUCAUUUUUUCCCUAUUUUUUUUUCUUUGUGAAUAGUUUUGUUUUUGCAAGGGCUGCUGUUGCUUCAAUUGGCCACACAUCCAACCUCUCGUGUCCUCGGGUAGCUCCAGAGAGCUGGCGUGCAUUCUUGUUCCGACUGCUCGUCGUGCGGAGUGUACUGGGGAGGGAUGUGCAUGAAACACACGCACUCGCACACACAGAAAUGGGCUGCAUGAAUGUUGUGUACUGUAUUACAUUUCCCUCACACUGUAAACAACCAACUUAGCGGACCAGCCACUGUCCAAUCAGACGUGGAUGAGCCAGUUUUGUGUGUCUUAACAAUGAGAAAAUGUCUUAACCCUGUAUUUUCCUCUCGCCCCCCCUCGUAGCCCCUCACACUGUACUAAAAGUAAGCUAAAGAGCCGCUCAUACUGUCCGCCUUCCAGGCUGCUGUAGAAAUACUGCUGAGAAAACAAACUGACAAGAGUUAUUACCUGACCGCUAAUGGACGAUAGAAGAUGGACAUCGCUCUGUCUAGAUGAAGAUGUACGUACCUUGUCGUUUCAGUGUUAAUAAAAAAUUCAAAAGAAACUUGAGUUGGACCAACA